CCCGAGUGUCGAAUUGGUGUACAACAGCUGACAAACGGCCGACUGGGGUUCAACAAUUCCAUUUUAGAAUGUAUUACUACAAUAACAAAAACGGAAAUUUUGGAACUUUAAACUGAAAAAUUUCAGAAAGAGUUAUAUUUCGUAUACAACUAUAGUGUUUCUCUAAUUUUCAUUUUACUGAAACAAUCAGGCAACGUUGGCACUCAGCUGAUAUUGUUGCCAGACUUUUCGCCCAACUCAUAACACCAAAACAAAAUGUGUGCGGCUCUUUUGCGAUCUAUCAAAUUGGGUAAUUUGAGGCCAAUCACGGCGUUAUCGCACUACCAGAGUGUACACACGAGCACUUUACUCUGCAAGUGGCGGAAUGUUGGUUCCGGCGAAGUGGAGAGAAAACUUUUGUCCGGCGACAGGCUUCCAGAUAACUAUAAACUGAUCUACCGCGCCCCAAUCGAGAGUUAUGUGACCUGGACGAAGAAUGUUUCUACGGCCACCACUUCUAUUUUGGGAUUGGUGGCCGCCUAUCAUUGGGCAACGACCAUGAAAUUCGUAAAUAUGGUCCAGAAAAUGGACAUAGCCAUUCUGGUGUCCCAGGAAUCUGACCUGUACUACUUCCUAACGGGAUUUAUUCUAAUCAACCUGGCGAUACGAACUUUUGUUGCCAAAUAUCCCUUAAGGAUCUACAAGAGUUCGGAAAAGUAUGUUGCUGUCUAUGGCUCCCAGCUGCCUCUCGGAACUGUGAAACACUAUUUCGAAAAAGGACAAAUAGCUGAAUACAAAAAUUUUUUAAAUCCUUGGAGCCAUAUUAUGUAUAAACUCGGGAGCCGCUCCUCGAUGCUGCUAGUUGACUACUUCAAGACGCCGUCAGAGUUUCAUCAGUUGUUUGAGAGCAAAGAAGCGUUUUAGCUUUUAGUUCAUUAUUAAUUGUUAUUUAAAUAAAUGUUUGUAGAAUUACA